UCUUUCGGGAACUACGAGCUGAGAACCAUGAUUGUAGUUUCUGUAUUUCAUGAAAGCUUUUUUUAAGUUUGCAUAGUGAGGAAAACUAAACUGUGAUAUUAUCCUAUGUAUUCUCAAGGUAAUGAGAAAAGUUUAUCCGAUCGUUUGUCCGUAGCUGAUAUUUUGUCAUCUAUGGCUAAUGGUGCUGAUGAAUCACCUACUUCUGUUACAUGUUCCAGCAUUGAAGGUUUGACAUGUGGAAUACCAACUCGUACUACACCUACAUUGACUCCAACAACUUUAAAGAACAUUGAAGAAUCUUUUAUGGAAUUACAUUCUAUACCUCCUGCACCAUUGGAGCAUCAACGUCAAGCAGGUUUUGCACCUCCUGUUAUUUCUUUUACUGGACUGCCAAAGCCGGAAGAAAGCCGAUGGGUUGACGAAUGCUUGCAUUCUUCAGAUAGAUCUUUAGAUUCACCUCGUCCACCAUCUGAAAGUUCAACUAGUUCUCGCCCUUCUAAAACAGGCCGCAGUGGUGGCAGAAGACCACUGAAAGAUGAAAAGUUGAGCCCUGAAGAGGAAGAGAGGAGACGAAUUAGAAGGGAAAGAAACAAAUUGGCUGCAGCUCGGUGUCGAAAGAGGCGCAUGGAGCUUACGAGUAAUUUAAUGAAUGAAACUGAUGGCCUUGAAGAGAAAAGACAAAUUCUUCAACAUGAAAUUGCUUUGCUCACAUCCCAGAAGGAAGAACUUGAAUUUCUUCUUGAAGCUCAUAAAGCAACAUGCAAAUUGACAAAUCAACAUUCUCACCAGUCAAAAAAUAAACCUCUUGAUACAAAGCCUUCAUUAAAUAGGCCGAAAACAUACCCCCGUCCGGAUUCAUUGCCUUUAUCUUCUAGCUACAAUAAUCCAGACGGAUGCAAUUCUCUGAAGCCAUCUCCUGAUCUGUCAAAUAUUAGUGGUUUGAACACUUCUUUAAAUACACCUUCAACUGCUAUGUUUGCAUUUGAAUCUCUUUUGGAUGGGAGUGGAAACACUCCAGUCUCCAGCAGUGGCUUACCUUGUGUGAUAUCAUCAUGUGGUGGUCAACAACGAAGUUCAAGCAGUGAUUUGUCUAGUCCAGAUUCAAUUGCUCCACCUAAGCUUGUUUCUUUGUGAUGUGAUUAUUUUUUAUGGCAUUUGAAUGUAAUUUUCAUCAUGUGACUGAAAAAAAUUCCUGAUCAUUUUAAUUAAAUUUUAAAAGUACUUAUCCAUUAUAGCAUUGCUUGAAAUUUGCUUUCAAAUAAAUUAUUUUUGUUAACUUUCUAAUUUAGUUGCCAAAUUAUGUGAUGUGAAAGAUUGCUUUUUAAAACUGAUUUUUCUUACACAUACCAAAUAUGAGCUGUAUUUAUUCUUAAAAUUUGUAUUGCAGUUUAUCACAAAUAAAGCAUAGGGUAUAAGGAAUGUUAAAACUAGCAUGGCAGUUUACGUAAUUGGCACAGCUGAAUGCAUGAAGCUUUUUAGAUUAGUCACUUUCUAUGUUACAUGCAUUACAUAAUACUGCUUGCUAACAGUAAACUGCUUUGCUUAGUUUUUAAAAUAUUUUAAGACUGCCUAAAUUUUCGGAUCUAGAAAAUGAAAAUUUUGAAAGUGAGUAAAUUAUCAGUUGGAAAGAGCUAGGGCUAUAGUUUUUGGAUUUUUUUUUUUUUAUAGGUAUGUAAUUAUCUUUGCUUUAAAUUGAUAUAUAUGAGGCAACAAUGGUUUCAAUCGUUUUAGUGCUUGCUGUUAUUCAUUUUAAUUAUAUAUUGGAUUGAAAAAUACUGUAAUUACAUCUAUUAUUUGAAUAGAUUAAAUUAAAAAACGUUUGUAUUUAUUUCUUCUUGAAAGGUUAUGUACUAGUGUCCCCCACACACACACCUCCAGAUAUGGUAAUUUAUGACAAAAUUUGGCUCUAAAGCUACAUAAUUUAAAAAAAAGAAAAAUAUUCUUAAAAAUUAAUUUAUUCAUAACCUUAAAGCAAACUUUUAGCAAAAUUUGGCUAAAUUAUUAUUAUUAUUUUUUUUUGAAGGGGUUUUAUAUUGCAAGAAGUGAUACUGUGUCAGUAUUCUUUUCCCCCACCCCCAGAUCAUCAAAGCAUACCUUUUUUUAAAUUCCAUGCUAAAAUUUUACCUAAUUAUCAAGCAAACAUUGAUACAAAUUUAUUUGGGUCAAUAACAUAAAAUCUCUAUUUCACACAGUAAGAAGUUAAACAGUUUAACCUCUUUGCUUCCAGCAUAUCAUGUAUGAUAUGCUGGAAGCAAAGAGUUUCUAUCUCUGAGCCCACUGUAUUUGAAUUUCUGAAAUGGAAAAUUUUAUUUGAAAUUCUAAAUUAUUAUGAAUGAUCUCUGAAUGCUCUGCAACUAAAUAGAAUAUCCAUUAGUAUUAACCUUAUUCCUUUGAGUAUUAUGUACUGUUUUAUUCCAUGAAUGUAGAGCAUGCUUUUAUACAAUGUACAUAGAAAUGUUUCACACAAUGUGGCUUAACAUUUUGUAUAUAAAUGUAAAAAGGAAAUAACAGGCAUGGAUAUUUACAAUAGGAUAUAAUAAGCACAAGUAAUUAAAUUCUGAAGUUUUCUUUAACUUCAUUAUUGUUUGGGAAUAACUUAAAUGCAUAAAUAUUAUAUAAUCAUUAUUACUAAUGAUGCAUUUUAACCUAUUCUUAAAUUUUAAUUGUAGAUUUAUAAAUUUAUUUACUAUUUAAUUGUAAAUUUGUUAUAAGAUAUAACAUUUAAUAAAUAUAUGUAAAAAUUCAGAUAUUUCUGUGAAAAGCAAAUUUCAUAGGAAUUGUUUUUUUGUCAGUCUUGAAUGAUUGGAUAAACAGUGAUGUUUAGUGCUAAAAAGUUAUGCACGCACUCACAUUGCAUUUGCAGCAAAGAGGUUAAAGACCAAAGUUAAUUGGAAUCAUGGCUAAAGAAAAAAAUGAGUUUCCAGCAUACUAAUGAUAAAUUUUAAAUUAAAUUGUUUUAGCCUCACAAGUAGAAUUCUAAUAAACGUUUUGACUAGGAUAAUGCAAAUAGUACUUAUCAAAAUGAUAAAUGAUUAACCUUUUGCAUUAUACUGAUGGUAGACCAAUACUUUUACUAUAGGUGAUAGGAUGGACAAAAUGCUUUCAUAUAAAGCAUAUUUUUAGAACAGAUUUUAAUUUUGCAUAAGUAAGAAAUAUAAGUAGUUUAUUGUACAAAAAUGCUAUCAAAAUUACUUAUAAGCUGUUAACUAGUAGGUAGCAACAUUGCAGCUAAUAUUCAAAAAACUAUAAUAGUGAGUGUAAAUUUAUUUAUGGCUAAAGAAGCUCUUUAUUCCAGAAAGCGUAAUUUUAUUUAUGGUUAAAGAAGCUCUUUAUUCCAGAAAGCGUAAUUUUUGGUGAUAUUUUUAAUUCUUAAAAGUGCUUUCUUACUUGGUAUUAUUUUAUGAUUUAUUAAAAUUAAUUAAUGCAGUUAAUGAAUGUAUUUUGGGGGCAAGGGUGGAGAAUUCCUUAGCAAUGAUGCCAGUUAAAAAAAUCUUAAACUACAUUUAUAUUGAAAGGAGGUCCACGUUCUAUAAAUAUUUUGGAUAGCUGUUAUAUAGCAUUUUUGUUAAGACUGUUUGACAUUAAUAUUUAAAAGAAUUUAUUUUUUCUAUAACUAUGCAUGUAAGUUCAUAAAGCAUAUUUAGGUAUAGACAUUUUUGAUAUAUAUGUAUUUUUGUAUAUUUUUAUUCUCAGGAGAUAUUCUGAAAUCUAGACUAGUCAUAAGAAUCUUUUUGCUGGAAAUGUUAUAGUAUUUACAAAGAACACUAUUGAAAAAUGUUUUAUAUGUGAUGUAAAAAGCAUUGGUGGCAUUCAGUAUUUAAUAAUGUGGAUUUGAAGUAUUUUUAAAGGUAUUUUCUUAAAAAUUGUUCAGGAUAUAAUGUAUAAGUCAGCCAUAGACAUAUUUAUAUCAGUUGCUUAGAAUUUAUUCCAAGUUGUUUUUCUGAUACUCAGUCCUUUGAUUUUCAACUUUCUGUUGAAAAAUAAGCAUUUGAUUUUUCCUAUUUUCAGUAAGUACUUUGUUUAUCUAUCUUUAUUUAUGUAGGAAAUUUGCUUUUGGGGAGGGAAGCAUAAGACUUUGUUAUAAAAUGAUUUGCUAAAACACGUAAUCUGAAAUUUUUAAACUUCUUAAAAUUCAUUUUAUUAAUAUUUAUUGUUUGUAAGCCUAAAUAAUAAAUAUAAAAGAUGAUUCUUUUUUAAAGCAAAUGAUGUGAUAUUCAUAGUGAUGCAUAUUGUCACAGACAAAGCUUUAUUUAGCAGGAAUUAUCACCACCUGUUAAUGAGUCAAUAACAGAAAGUGAGGUGUUUAUUGUUUAAAUCUGAUAUGUUGUUUACAUCUGACUUUAUAUUGGGUACAUAUUUCAAUGUGAUGUGCUAAUCUAGACAGGAUUGUUUUACAUUAUGAAAUUUUGGAACGACAAAAAAUGAAUGAAAUUUUUUGUCGUUCCAAAAUUUCAUUAGGUGAAUAAUGCUGUGUCAAAACUCAUUAUGUGCACUAUUUUUUUUAAUUAUUUUUCCUGCUAAUGAUUUUAAAAUUAAUUUUCAUAUUUAAACCUUCUGCAAAAACUAAGAUUGUUUUAUCAUUAUGAAUUGAAUGCUUUCCCUAUUUUAUUAGGGAAGGUGAAAAUAUUGAGUUUUUCUUUUUUGGAAUUGGUGACAGUAGCACUAAUCUAAUCAACAUCUUAUUCUCAUUUUUCCUCCUUCUAAAAUAAAAUUGUUAUAAAAAAUUUAACAGUUUGGCCCUAAAAAAGAAAAAGGAGAAUAUUUCUUUUUUGACUUAAAAAAAGAAAUCUGAUUCAGAAUUCUUUUCUUGGAAGUUAUUGGCUAUUGAAAUAUUGAAUUCAUGAUGCAUACUGUUUUCAGAUGGCUUAAUCAAAGGUCAGUGGCUUAUUAUAAAGUUUGUAUUAAACAAAGUAAUGUUUUAAUUGAACUGAAUAAAAUGUCAUUUGAAAUUAGAAGAAUCAAUAACUUUGUAUUUACACUAUCAUUUUGUAAUUGAUCAGUAGUAAUAUUUAUUUGAAAGCCAAGCAGAGAAAUUGAAUGAUGAUGUAAUUUUUUAAUGUAGAAAGUGUCAAAGAGAUAUUUUUAGUUUUAUUUCCAUAAUAUUUUAUUCCAAUUUGUAGUGAACGUCUAAAGAAAUGUAAUGGUUGCUUUUUUUAAAUAAUUCUUUUUUUUUUUUUUUUAAUUAUUAUUAUUAUUAUUUUUAACAGCUUAGUUUGAUAGAAUAAUGUGAAUGCUUUUAAUGGAAGUUUUACUUUUUUUUACAUUGUUAAGAAAAAAGUUAUUUUUCAUCCGCCUUUUUCUGUGUUAGUUGUGCCAUCAAUAUAGUUUUAGGUUUUUUGUUUGAUUAACAUCUGCUAAAAACUUGAAAGUUCUGUCCAGUAAUUUAAAUUUGGAGCAGUAGAUUCUAUUAUGAAUCAGUGCAUCAUGCUAGUGCCUAGAUUUAUAUUUGGCUAGUUGAAAAUUAGAGUUGUAAUAGCACUGGUUAACUGGAAUAGCAUCAUAAUGAAUUACUUUUAAUUUUUAUAGGGUGAGCACAGAAACAGUCCUGUUUUUAAAAGGGUUUAACUGUAAUACUGCCUACUCUGCUAAAUUUUCUGCCAUAAUUAACAUAAGCUUAUGAAGUUUUGGUGAUACUGAUUUGAAUCGCAAACAUUUGGUGUGCACAUAACUAUUAUGUGAGAAAUAGAGAUAGCGUAAUUCAGCUUCAGCUGAUUGUAGUGUAAACACUCUUUCUGGCUGUGGAGUCUCAAUAUUUGAUGUUAUUGUUUUCUAGUAGUGGAAAUUAUGCUUAGCAAUUUUGAAAAGAAGAGUUUUUGGUUCAUUUCAUGAUAUAUUAGAAAUCUUAUUUUUAUGCUCACCUUGUGUAUUAAAUGGUUUAACUGUAAUCAAAAUUUAAUAUAUAUAUAUAUAAUUGAAGGAAGUACUUGCUUUAUUUGCUUUUAAAUCCUAUAUUCUUAGAUAUCAUGUUUGUCAAACAUAAUUGAAUUUCUGUAUUAUAUUUUCAAUCUUAUUUCUAAUAAUAUUUAAUUGCAUAAUGUAAAAGCAUAUAUUUACUUUUUUUAAUCAAAAUUAUCUGUAAUCAUUCGAGAAUUCUUCAAAAUGCUAGGGGCUUUUCUUGCUUUUUUCUUUCAUAUGUAGAGUGUUUGUAUUAUUUAUAGAAAACUGUCAUUAACAUUUUUCUUUUGUUUAAAGUCUUUCUUUUAUACAUACAUUUGCUUUUCCUUUUUACAGAAUUUAUGUAAAAAUUCUAUUUAUAAAACCUUUAAAUUUUAAGUGUAUAGAAAUUUAUAAACCAAUUUGUUUGUAUUCAGUAGAUUUAUGGCUAAUUUUUUGUUGAAAUUGCAUUUCAUAUUGUUUGUUAUUGGUAAAUAAUUACUAUUGAGUUGUGUGUUUAGGUAUUGCAUACAGUGUUUAGAUUCUGAAUGUGUGUAAUGCACGCAAACAUUUGUGAUAAUCAUAUUUCUAUAUUAAGCUUUGGCUGAUAAGCUUUGUGUAUUUUCUCUUUGUGUAAAAUAAAAUAAUGUGAAUGUCAAAAUUUUA